GACGUUUGGUUAUCAUUUUUUUCUCGUGUAUUCGCAAAAUACCGAUAGAUUUCAAAUUUAUAAGAAUCCGAGAGAAUAUUUCAUAUUUCGUCUACACAACGAUGCAGAUUGAUCGUUUCGUCUGCAUUGUGAUUUUUUUCAUAGUGAAUUGCGACAGUCACACUUCACCCAAGUCAGUUCACAAGCCGAGCUUUGAAAUAGCAGUUCUAUUACCACUGACUGAAGCAGCGGCGAGUGAAUAUUGGGUUUCUACUAAAUGUUCGAAAAAACUACAUCCCAGUUCUUUACAAACAGUGGAAGCCUUCUACUAUGCGUUGGAUUUGGUAGAAAGAGACGAGGAACUUUCGCAACAUUUCACCAUGAAAAUUCAUAUAGUAGAAAACUGUGGUUCGCCAGUCGCGGAUAUGCUCCAUUUUUCAAGAUUGCUGCAAGAAUUAUACAUGGAGAAUAAAACAAUCAUAAAAUUGAGAACGGAAUCGUCGAAUUUUGAAAACUAUACAUCGUCGCCUUAUUUGAUCGGAGUCGUAUAUUCGAACCAAUACACGAAAUUGGAAUACGACAGGAUUUUUUCGACAAUUCCUGAAUUUCCUUACAUCAGUUUUUCAGCCUCAUCGAAACAAAUCUUCAAUCCGACCGAAUUAGGAGAAAACGUAAUAUUGGUAUCUUCUGGCCAUCUUCUCGUAAUUAACGUUAUAUUUAAAAUCUUGGCAUACCACGAUUGGAAACACGUUUUAUUCAUAGCCUCUGAUAACACCGGUGACAAGGGGAGUUUUUGGACCUAUGUCAAAGCGCUGGCUGCACUUGAAAGUGUCUGUAUAAGUCAGACAUUAAGUAUGAACAUAGUACAAGAUAUGGCACACCACCACACCUUCAAUGAAGAUCGUCCCCAAGAAUACUUAAGAAAACGUAUACCUUCGUACGAUACACUCGACGUGAUUAUUUGUUACUGCGACCUCCAAGAUUUGCGACUUUUACAAAGCGCGUUGGCUUUAGCAGGCAAAAACGCCAGAAAAAUUUUAGUAAUUGCAAGAAACCCGGACGCCAACGAAAACUGGAGAACACUUGAAUGGGAAACAAAAUUGGCAGAUCUCUUUUACGUCACUCCAACGCCACAAUACGUCGACGAAUUUUACAAUUACUACACAUCUUUAUCAAGGGAUGACGAUACAAAACACGAGUACUUGAAGACAUUCAGGAAACGGUUUUUUGAAUGCCCAGAUGAUAGACAAGUAUACGAUGAGCCAUGCUACGAUACGUACAAAGACACAUACAGAAAUAAUUCUCAAGCGAGUAAUAUCAUAAAAACAGUUCAUGUCAUAGCACACGCUGUAAAUAACAUCUUCCAUAACCAAAACCCCUGGAUUCUUCUGGGAUCAGAAAUUCCUCUGGAACCAUUUAGGAAAUAUGUAAGUCAACAAAUUAACCACGUCAAGUUCAAGUUAUUUGAUACAGAAGUAAGCUUCACUGCAAGAGGUCUUCCCCAAACAGAAAAAUUCGACGUGUACAAAUCUCAAGCGACAAAAAACGUAUUGUCCAAUGAAUUCAUCAAAGUCGCAGAAUAUUUCAAAUAUGGAGACUCAGACGAUAACAGCGAAGACAUAUACUAUACAGUAUCUCCAUUUGAAAUAAAAGGAAAUCUGACCAUACUGAACGAUUCUUUUUAUAAGCCGAGGAACUAUGUGAAAUCUUCAUGCAGCAUGCCUUGUGAUCCAGGCUACAUAAAGAAACCUCAAAUUGACCAAUGUUGUUGGGAAUGUGAUUCGUGUGGUGUUUUUGAAAAACUGAAUGUUGACGGCACCUCUUGCGUCGAAUGCCAAUCCGGUUUUUUAUCUGAUGAGAACAAAAAAAUAUGCAUACCUGAACCAAUUCGAAUACCAAGCAAAUGGUACGAUGGUCAGAAUUUGAUAUCCACGUGUUUUUCAUCGUGUUCUAUUAUAUUGACGAUUAUCACAUCAAUUGUGUUUGUCAAGUAUCGAAAUACUCCGGUGGUCAAGUCGACCACAGAAGAACUAUGUUACGUGAUGUUCGCUGGAAUCAUUUUGGCCAACAUUGCCGUUCUUAUUUCGGUGUUAAGUUAUACGUUCAAAACAUCUGAGGGAAAAGUUCUGCCUGCCAUUGGUUUCUGCAUGAUUUACUCGGCUUUAUUGAUGAAAACCAAAUCACAGAACGCCUUUCCAAGAAUUAAACCGAAGCUGGUCUCGUUAAGGCCCAAGAUCAUCCUUACUAUCGUGUUAAUAGGCCUAGAGACGCUCAUUUGUUGGCAUUCUGUACAAGCCAAUGAAACGAAACAGGUCAUCGAGAAAAAUGGCGUGAAUUUAUUCCUGAUCAAGCAUUACUUGGAUGGAUUCUUUUUGAUGAAAAUAUUCAGUUUCGUUGUAGUGUUGGUUUUACUCUGCGUGUAUUUUGCUAUUAAAAUGCGACAUUUGCCAGGAAAUUACGACGAGACUACGUACAUCGCGUUUACAAUGUACGCAACGAUACCAACAUUGUUGUUUUUUGGUCUAAUAUACUUGAUCAGCGAGUACAAAAUAUUGGCGGUAAACUUGGCUAUUUCAAUUAAUUCAUUGAUCGUCCUGGUAUUUUUAUUCUUACCAAAAUUGAAUAUAAUUUUUCGAAGACCUGAGCAGAACACAAAAGCUUACUACGCAACCAUCACACCCAGUAUUCGAAAGCAUCAGGGAAAUGAUGCAGUGGAGGAGAUCAACCAAUAAUUACUAAAUUGAGUCCACGCAAAACACAUCUAAUCAUGACUACCCACCUAUUUUGUAUUCGCUUUCAUUCGUUCAUUAUUUUAAAUACCUACACGUACCUGAAUA